UCAACCCGGAGGUUAGCAGUGUCCGGAAGAUACGAGUCCGUAAUAGACGAUAGUAGUACUUGAUAUAUACUGCUCUUCACUGGAUGGGUCCCGACUAUACUAAUACUAUACAUGGUAGUGUGGUAGUGGUGUGUGUGGGUCUAGACUCUGGAGGGUAUCGAUUGCCAGGCCAGGCCAGUUAGUUUAGUUAGGCGGUCUCUCGCGGCUGAUAAGAUACGGAGAGGGGACUGUGUGCCAAGUUUUUCAAAGAGCUGGAAAGACUGUAUAUUCUGGCCACCGAGCAUUGAGGAACUGUCCGUCCCACACGCCCCACACACGGUUAUACAAUUUAGUGGAAAAUAUGGCUGAUAGUAGCACUCUGGAAGCGGAUCCCGGCCAGCUCAAGAUACUGGGCCAACUGAAGACCAUCGAACAGAUCAACGAGCAGCGUCGUAUCUUCCUCAAUAGCACCAUAAACGAGGAGGAGAAACCCAACCAGGAGAAUGGUAAACUGGAGAAUGGCAAUGGGAUUAAGAAGGAAGUGGAGCUUGAGAAGAACCUCAAGGAUCUGGAAGAGAUUCCCCAAAAAGAAGAGGAGAAAGUAGAGAAGAAAGAGGAGGAGAAAGUGGAGGAAAAGGUCGUGGAACCCCCCAAACCCCAGCCACCAACUAGCCUCAGCCUGAACGUCAAGUACGCCACCUUGCCCAGUCCCAGUGUGGUGACUCUGCGAUCUCCACUCUCCCCGCCGCCCAAGCCACCCAUGCUCUCCCGCACCCGUAGCAUCGGCUCUGGGGAUGGCAAGAGUCCCUCCACCAACGGAGGUAGCUUCACGCCCGACUCCAACUCCCUGCUCCGGCAAAGUCUAACCGAAGGAGUGGUCAUCGACACCAACAGACUAUCCGGAUCGCCCACCAAAUCCGUAACAUCGGGAGGAACCGUAGCGGACACCUCCUCUGUGGAUGAUUCAACGGCCACCAUAUCCUCGCGGCACUACGAGGGCCUGAUCGAGGAGCUGCGCUGUCCGGGCUGUGCCGGGGCCAUGAAGGCGCCCGUACUCCUCUGCAAGAGCGGUCAUAGUGUCUGCGAGCAGUGCACCCGGAUACUCCUCAUGUGCCCACUGUGCAAGGAACCCUUCACCACCGCCCGCUCCCUGACCGUGGAGGCGUUAUGCGCCAAGGCGCACUUCCGUUGCGGCCACGCCUCCGGCGGCUGCCAGGUGCGAAUGCCAGUGGUGCUGCUACCAUGGCACGAACAGCAGUGCAUCUACAAGCCGAUGAAAUGCUUUAUGGGUCGGGUGUGGGGCGAGUGCCGGUGGCAGGGACGCGAAGUCCAGUGGAAGGAGCAUCUGGAGGAGCAGCAUGCCGAUCGGCUGUUCCGGGCCAGCACCGCGGAUCUGGUGUGGGAGAUGGCGGUGCGGAGGAAACCGCUCACGGGCUACUAUGUCUUCCAGGCCCACGAUGAGAUGUUCAACUUUUAUGAGAUCCAUGAUCGCCAGCGUAUCCUGUUCACCAUGACCUGCACCUCGAACCGAAGGGACAGCAAGUACAACUAUGCCUACGAGGUGACUAUCCUGCAUCCGGAUAAUGAGGCACUGUCCAUGACCCAGAAGUUUCCGGUGCACAGCGAAUACGACAAGGACAUCCUGCUGGAGGGCACUUGUGUCAGCAUACCACUGACGGAUCUGACACGAUUUUUGGAUCAAGAUAAGCAGAUCCUUCACUAUCGCGUCAAUGUCCUGGAGGUCAAGUCACCACGUCGGGCGAAACCUCCACGCCAGAGUCUUCCGCCCCAGCCGGUGGACUACGAUGCCACAAAGAUAGUUGGAGUGAAUGGCAAGAGUGUGCCCACCAGCAUGAUCAUCACCCGCACCUACAAGGAGGCCAUGGGUGAGGUGUUGGCUGCCGAAACACCCACAGAGGGCACUUCCUCCUCUACCAAUCCCGAGGAGGAGACACCGGAAAUCGAGAGGAAAUGGGGAACACCGCAAUUGCAUUUCAAUCGGAAAUAUCUGAGAAAUACUCUUAAUGAUGCUGGCAAUACGCCGGAUCAGGAUGAGCUGCGUCCGCUGGCCAGUGAUGUUCUCAGGAACGGAAAUGGCGAUGACAAGCUAUCCCUGUGUAGCAACAGUACCAGUUAUACGAAAAAGGUAUCCGAUACGUUGCGAAAGAGCUUCCGGGCCUUAAAGGCGGACAUUGUGGAGAUGCGUCCCUUUUCGAAAAAGUCCUCCAAGGGUUCCAUAACAAGUCCUGGACCCUCAUCGCCAGUUCAGGCCAAUGGUAACUAGUGAUUCCAUAUAUUUUUCCUUCAAUUUUUUU